AUGGACGUGUCGAUGGACCUCGACGCCCCCGUGCCCAUCGCACCACCGAUGGGCAGCGCUCAGAACGGUGCAACAAUCCUCUGCUGCAACUGCGGCGCUCCGAUCGACGGCACAACAGCGACUGGCGCUCUCUGCUACGACUGCGUAAAGACCACACACGACAUCUCCCAAGGCGUCCAGCGUGAGGCCGUCUUACAUUUCUGCCGAGACUGCGACAGAUGGCUGCUCCCUCCCAGCUCCUGGAUCAUGGCGGCACCCGAGUCCCGAGAGCUGCUAGCUUUGUGUUUGAAGAAACUCAAGGGCCUCAACAAGGUCCGCAUAGUAGAUGCCAGUUUCAUCUGGACAGAGCCGCACUCAAGGAGGGUGCGCCUCAAGCUCACCAUCCAGGAUGCCGUCUCCGAGGGCGUUCUUCUCCAGCAGUCGUUCGAGGUCGUCUAUAUAGUCUCGUACCAGCAGUGCCCCGACUGCGCCAAGUCAUACACAGCCAAUGUCUGGCGCGCAAGUGUUCAGGUUCGCCAAAAGGUCCUACACAAGCGGACCUUCCUCUUCCUCGAGCAACUCAUCCUCAAGCACGGCGCCCACCGCGAUACCAUCAACAUCAAGGAGGCCAAGGACGGAAUCGAUUUCUUCUUCUCGGCCCGCAACCAGGCAGAAAAGUUUGUCGAUUUUUUGCACUCUUCAGUACCAGUGCGCACGAAAAAGUCCCAAGAGCUCAUCUCACAGGACAUACACACGAGUACCAAGUCGUACAAGUUCACCUUCCUCGUCGAGCUGAUUCCCAUCUGCAAGGAGGACCUCGUCGUACUCCCCAUCAAGCUCGCCAAACAAAUUGGCAACAUUUCUCCGCUAGUGCUAUGCCACCGCAUCGGCACCUCGGUCAACUUCCUCGAUCCCGCCACCCUCCAGACGGCCGAGGUCUCGGCACCGAUUUACUGGCGCGCGCCUUUCCGCGCAAUCGCCGAGAGCAAGGACCUCGUCGAGUUCAUCGUCAUGGACGUGGAGCCCUCGGGCGUCCACAAGGGCCGCUGGUCGCUCGGCGAGGCCACCGUCGCGCGCGCCUCGGACCUCGGCGUCAACGACAAGACCUACUUUGCCCGCACCCACCUGUCGGGCCUGCUGCACGCGGGCGACAGCGUCAUGGGCUACAUGCUCACGGGCACUAACUUCAAUAACGACGAGUUCCAGGCCCUCGAGGACUCCAACUCGUUCGGUUCCACGAUACCCGACGUCGUGCUCGUCAAGAAGCACUACCAGCGCCGCAGGAACCGCAACAAGAACAGGAACUGGAAGCUCAAGCGCAUGAACAAGGACGAGGGUGACCUGCUGCCCAAGAAGGCGGACCAGGAGCGUCUCGACGCCGAGUACGAACAGUUCUUGCGCGACGUCGAGGAGGAUGACGAGUUGAGGGCGGCUCUGGCGUUGUACAAGAACACAAAGAAGACCAAGAAGCCGGAUGCGGACGCCAUGAGCGUUGCCGAGACAGAAAUGACGUAUGACGACGAGGAAGACAAUGCGCCCAAGGUUAGCAUGGACGAACUGCUGGAUGAUAUGGAGGAGCUGGCGAUUGAGGAUCAGUGA